GUGGCAACGAGCCGUCUCCCUGGUUGCGCUGACAACUUCUUCACAGCCAGAAAGAGUAAAAGGCCUAAUGUCGAACGUUUGUGCUACCUAAACCUGCUUAUGGUAUUCAUAAAGAAAUCAGCAGCAUGUUUGCUGCCAAUCCAGAGAAAAGAUCCCACGAUGGAGCUUCUCAGACCUGUGGUAAAGACAUUACUCGGCCUGGAUCCAAGGUUAAGAAAAAGGGCCACUCACCUGAAGUGACUUUACCACCACUUUGCCGGGAGCCACCUUCCCUCUCCUUUGUGGCCAAGCCUUCGUUCAGUCGUGCCUCCAUCCUCAGAAAUGUCCCUUCUGACAGGCCUCUAUCAGUGGUGGAACUCCCUCGUCUCAUAGCCCAAGUAGGACCUGGAAGAGCCAUAGGUGAUGCAAAAUGGACAGAAGGACCUCGACUAAUGGCCUCAGCAUUAGGGACCCACAUCCCUAUCAGAACUGCUGAUGAGUCUACAGCACAGAGUCUUACAGGGAAAGAUGAAUCCAUAAAAGUCACAACAUGUAAGGAUAAGAAGAUAACAACUGUGAAAAAUGGGAGCGCGACCAAACCAAAUAAAGUUCCUCUCACAGGCACAGAGGUAGUUCAUAUCUUUGCCAGGAAAAGAAACCCAGGAGAUUUCGAGUUUUAUUACCUAAAAGAAGUGGAUGGGGACUCCUACAGACCCUAUGACCUGCGAGUGGUCCCUCCCAGUGAAGCUGGUUCUGAGCACUACAUCUUCUCCCCUAAUACUGUACUACAUGUGACAGCAAGGGGUUAUGGUGGACUUGUAAGUCUGGCAGAGUGGUACAGAGAGUCUGUGUUGUGGACAGCUUUGCAGGAGAUCCCGUUUUUCAGGGACUUUAGACAGCGGAAAGCAUUCACGUGGUGGCAUAGAGGUGUGCGCAAAGUCAUUUUUAAGCGCAAGUGUAAGGAUCUGCAGGAUAUGCUGGUUAUAGCUGUACCUCAGUUCAGAAAUGCUCUUUUUCUGUUCACCAGAAUAAUUGAAGAACUGAAAGGGACACACCGGCUGCCCCAGGAAGAGGCUGAAACCUACACAUUGCAGGAAUUCAAGAAUGUACUGAUAACCAUGAAUCAAGAGUAUCUGCAGAUAUUGAAGAAGUUAUCACAGUAUCGUGCUGCCAUCCUUAAUGGGGUGAAAGAAGGCAGCUACAAGGCACACCAGGAAUUGCAGCUGCACAUGGAAUAUGCAAAAAAGCUAAAUGAAACCUAUGAACCCAUUCACCUCCAUCUGACUCACCAGCAGGAGCUGAAGAAAGAGUUGGCUCGGUCUGAAAGCGUCUUGCAGAAAUUGGGCAACUUUGCUGCUCUCAUCAAUCAAAUGAUUGUGCAGAGUCUCGUCACAAUCAGUCGAAAAGAUGCCAUUUCUUUUCUCAACAAUGUUUUGAAGAGGAAGAAAUCUCAGCAGCGUUGUCUCUUCCACACUGAGCUGUGUUUCAGUGCCAGUAGUCAGUUGACUGUGGACCCACCAGUACAUCUUUUCCAAGAAGCAGUGAGUGAAGCACUCCUGACUGUUGGUGACUCUAUAAUUCAGAUGUGUGACACUUGUGGAUUAUUCCUAGAGAUCAGCAACAAUGUCUUCAGCUCAGAUUUUGCUCAGGAUUUAACCCCUGACUUUGGUUGUAUUGAACCUCCUAAUGUUGCAGGGGAGAAAAAGAACAAUGAUGGAAUGACUGGUCACAGAAAGUUUUAUUGUUGCCAAUUGUUUGGAGAUUUGUCAUCCCGCUGGCUGGUGCUGCCUAAAGCAACCUUGCUAAUGGUGCAGGGCAACCGGCUGCAUGGGUGCUACUAUCCCCUCCCCAAGAGGCAACUGGAGUGGCAGAUCAGCAUCAAUGAUGUUACAAAACAAGUUGAGAGAGAGCAUGCUAAGAUCAUGCGGGAAGCUGAACUAGAAAUCCAGCAGCUGUGUGAGAGCUACUCAUGGUUGAUGGACAUCCAUUUGUUCAUUCGUCAAUGGAGCCGAGCCUCUUUGGAAUUCAUGAAAGGUCAGCCUGCUUUACUGUAUGAGGAACACAUAAAGAAGGUACGCCACUGGACUGAAAGAAUCUACACAGUCCCCUCUUCAAUCUCUACCUCCAAACAACUGUUCACCAUCCAGUGCACCAGAAUAAAAGAAAGCAUAGGGCAACAGCUCAGGGUCAUUGAGGAGGAAGUGCUAGAGCAGCUUGUUGAGCAGAUAAAGCUGCACUCAGAAAGCGUCAUAUCAGACAUGGAGAGGGCUACUGCUGAACUCAAGACGAAACCCCAUGACUUACAUGACCUCUCAAAAUAUGCUUUUACGUUGAGGGAGUCUGUGAAAAUGUUGGCGGACAUGCAGAAACGUUCGGAGUACAUUCACUCCCUCCAGGACAUUAUUUGCAUGAACUACAGGAAGAUGACAGAACAGGAGGUGACUUUGGAAGAAAAGAUGCUGAACAUGUUGGACAGCUUUAUUCCCCUCUUGAAGCAAGCAGAUAGCAUUGUGUGUCGCCGUCUUCCUUCAAUGGCUAAUGCACUGGACUCAAUGUUCUCAUUUUUGGUUCAUGACCUUAAAAAUAUGGUCUGUAAAAUUACAUCUGGACCCUUCCUUGACCCAACCCAGAAUCCAAAAGAGAUGGUGUCCACACUGAACCACAUGUGUGCACAUGUGGACAGUCUCAAUGCAAAGUUGGAACAACUUAGUGAGAACAGUCAAAACCUGCAAGAGCAUCCAAUGGAUUUGACCAUUUUGACAACAUAUGUCCAGAAGGUAAAAGCCCGUAAAGAGUUGUGGGAGCUAGUAGCAAUUUACACAACAUGGAUGGAAGAAUGGAAACAGCUGCUUUUCAGUGAGGUUGUGGUGUCACAAGCUCAAGGAAAAAUUGCCAAGUGGAAGGAGCAAGCUCUAUCUCUAACAGAUAUCAUACCUACCCAUGAUGCUGUGCUGCAGGAGACUUUGGGAAUCCUGGAAAGCUUAAGCCAUCAGCUUGCAAUCAUGGCUAAGCUGCAGAGCCCCACACUCAAAGAUAAACACUGGAGAGUUAUUUUCGAAGAAAUGGGCCUAUUGUAUAUCCCAGAGAAGAAGGUGACUGUUGCUGAACUGAUGUCUAUACAACUUGAAACUCAUCAGAACCUUAUUAGCAAGAUAUGCAGGGAUGCACAAGCAGAGCUUAACAUGGAGCAGACCUUCAAGAAGCUUCAGCAGGGAUGGGAAGCCAGACUCUUCCAGCUUGUUAGAUUCACUCUCCCUGUUUGGCAGCAUUGUGAGCCACAACAUGGACUAACAGAGACAGAGAAGCCCACACAGGGCACCUUUUCAAAUCUCAAAACUGGCAAUCAACAUUCCUGUAAUAAUGCAAGAUUGACCAUCACUGGUCUGGAAAUACACUUUGCUGAGAUAGAGAACGAUUUGAUGACUUUGUCCACCAUGUUGAAAUCCCCACACAGUGUUGAGUUCAGGCUGCAGAUGGAGGAUUGGGUGCAAUCACUACAAGAUCUUGAGAAGCAACUUAAUUUAUUUGAAAGAUACCAGGAAAGAUGGGCCUUUCUGUCCAAGAUAUUCCAUGAAACCUUUAAUGUUCAAAAGGUGGAUCUGCUGGAUCAAUUCCAACCAGUUGAUCAGACAUUUAGGGAAAUGAUGCAUUCUGUAUCAACUGACCCUCAUGUGUUGAACUUUGUUCAUGCCAAGAAGACAAAUGGCAGAUUCCAUGGCAAUGGCCUUUGCCAGAUUCUCAUUGAUGGUCUGUCUACAAUGGAUGGUAUUUCCAACCAAAUGGUGCAUCUCCUGGACACCAUCUGUGAACAGUUUCCAAGACUCUGGUUCUUGAGUGACAGGGAAGUGAUACAACUACUCUCCUUUUGCGCAACGCCUUACACACUGCAACCCUUUGUACGCAAAUGCUUUAAAGGGGUACGUUGGCUUGAGAUGGAUUCUGAAACACCAUCUAAUGCAAGAGAUGUAAAGAGCUGCGGGCCUGCAUCUCAAAGCCACAGAGAGAUGAAGGUGCUGGGUUUUUUUGGCAGCCUCCAGGAGCACAUUACCUUUCUGUCUCCAUUGGACCCAAAUCUCAAUUCCUUGGUUUGGCUUUGUGUCUUCGAGAAACAAUUCAAGUUGACCAUGGUACAGCUCAUGAAACAAUGUGCUGUUGUGCGAAACCAACUUGAACCAUGCAGUCAAGAUUUGGCAUGUGAUAAGAACAUUGGAGACAUCCGGUGCCAAAUUGCUGAUGGGAGGAAAAGUGCACUCCCUGUGCUGGAUCUGUUGUGUGAAUAUCCUCUUCAGUGUCUCCUGGUGGCCGAGGAGGCAGUUUGGUGCAAGGUUUUGCUACAAGCUUUCCAAGAAUCAAGCCCAGUAAAGUUGAGAAACAUAAAGGCAUACAACUCUGCAAAACUGAAAAACCUUGGACAUUCCAUUAGGGAUGGAGUCACAGGGGCUAAAAGGGAAUCUCUGGUUCCUAAGUAUACUAUGAUGUGUCUGCGUGCUUUAGUGGAACUUACAAUGAAUCAUGCACAGCAGCUAUCUAGACUCAUGGAGGUACAGUAUGUACCUCUGGAGUCAUCUUUUGAGUGGCUAAGUUUGAUGAAGUAUCACAUAAACUUAGAAGACUGCAGUCUAAAUGGACAUGGUGAUCCAACAUGUUAUGUGGAUGUUUUUGGUCAUCGACUCCAAUAUGAUUAUGAGUAUUUCGGUCCAGAAGAUUGGGGGAUGGUGCAUACUCAGUCUACAGAUCGGGCAAUACUGGGGAUUCUCCUUGCUCUGACAAGUUACAGAUGUGGGUUUGUGAGUGGACCUUGCAUGUCUGGGAAAAAAAAGACUGUGGUCCAGUUAGGAAAAGCGCUGGGGCGUCAGGUUGUCAAUAUACAGUGUUGUCCAACCACGAGACCCAGUGUUGUUCUGCGGAUGCUGUUGGGCGCCCUCCAGACUGGAGCAUGGCUUCUGCUUGACUCUGGGGACUUACUAACACAAGGGGUCCUGUCAUUACUGGGACAACAUCUAGUAGACAUUCACCAAUCUUUCUCUGGGUUAACGAGAAAUAAGAAUCAAAGAGUGAAUGAGGAUCCAAAGAACAGGACUGCUGAUGGGGUCAUGGGUUACAAAAACUUUGCUGAUUUAGAAUGCCAUAUGGUAUUUGCAGGUAAAAGCUUUAGUGCCAGCCUGAGCUAUGGAUGUGUUCUCAUCUCAUCGAAGGGAUACACAUCUGAGGUCCCAGAAAGUCUGCGAUGUGCAACCAGACCCAUUGCGUUAACCCAUCCAGAUUACAGGAUCAUUGCAGAAGUAAUGCUGGCUUCCAUUGGUUUCUCAGAAGCCCUGUCUUUAAGUCGACAACUGGUGUCCCUCAUCAGCCUGGCCAAGGAUUCCCUCUGUCUGCCUGAGUUCAUCGCUGAUGACCAGAGCUGCUAUCUUGUUGUCUUGCAAAAGAUCAUCUCCGCCUCUGGACUACACUUUCAGCAAAGUGUAAGGCAACGGAAAAUUUCAGAUGAAGCUAUAGGAUUGGCUACAGAACAAACUGAUCUUACGUCUUCACAAAAUGUGACUUCCAGAGUUACUGAGAAGGAUAGAAAGGAAACUGAAAAGCCUUCCAUGUUACGCAGUUCUCAUUUGUCAGUUAUACAGGGAUUAAUGGAGGAGACAGCCAUUGUCAAAGCGAUUCUUUCUGUCUUAGUACCUGUUCUUCAUGAAAACAAGAAAGCCUCACAGUUCUACAUCAUUUUCAAAGAAACAUUCCCUAUAGCCUGCCAGUUUCCUCUUUUCCAACAAUACAUAGAGGAUGCAGAAAAGAACCAACUAAAUGAUGCAGUUACAGAAGAAUUACAAAGAAAAUGGCUUCACUCCGACUCCGAACUAAUUUGCAAGGCCCUUACACUCUACCAGACCAUGAAAUUAUCUCAGGCAGUUAUGCUUAUAGGCCCCUCAGGUAGUGGAAAAACAACCUGUUACUGUGCUUUAGCUGGAGCCCUUAAUCGUUUGGCUGCCAGGGCAAUGGAAUAUGUGUUUGAAAGUGACAAUAUGACUGAAGGAGAUACCCCAAAGGUAGAGCCACUGACCUCUGCUUCAACCUGGAACUCUGUUGACACUGUGGUCUUAUUUCCUAAUGCCAUGUCCCAUGAAGAGAUAUUUGGCUGCUUCUGUGAAAAGAGAGGAUGGCAAGAUGGAGCUGUUACAAAGGUGCUGAGGGAUUUAGAACGACGUGAACAAACAAGUUCUACCAUCUGCAACAAAAAAAGUAAUCAGGCACCAAUAGUGAAAUGGUUAGUAAUGGAUGGGAAGCCUCUGGGGCAGCCUGGCUGGUUAGAUUAUUUAACCACACUUUGCAGUCCUGAGGACCCAUUUCUGUGCCUGUCAUCAGGUGAAACACUGCCAUCCCAAUCACACCUUAAACUGCUUAUGGAAACCACUGACCUCCGUGAUGCAAGUCCCUCUGCAGUGACCCGUUGCAGCCUUGUUUAUUUCACAGGUACUGAUCUGUGGAAGUCUUUGUGGAAGAGUGAAAUGGAUGCUCUCUCUUUUGAACACAAACUGGAUCAAGGCACCUUGAAAAUGUGGAAUCGUCUGGCUGAAGAUCUUUUCUCCAGCACUCUAAGUUUGCUCAGGGAAAAGACUUUGACCUCUGCAAUACACAAUGAAGGAGAAUCAUUUAGAAAACUGCAUGGACUGCAAGAAAUCAUGUCAUUUGUUCGGAUCCUACGUGCCCUCCUACAACAUUUUGGGAGGGAAAUGGAAAAAGCCGAGGCAACACCACAAAUAGACAAAAGAGAUAUACCUCUAUACAGAACUGGCACAACAGGCUCAGAACCCCAUACUAAACAAGAGCUGCUGGCCAGGAACCUUUUUCUGGUGGCUUAUAUUUGGGGAUUUAGUGGACAUCUGCAUCCUCGCCACUGGCCACAGUUCAACUCACUAGCCUGUCAAGUGCUGUUUACUUGCCGGUACAAAAUUGUGGUUCCUGAUGCAGAGAAUGUGUUUGAACACUUCUUGAACAUAGACAGCAAGAUAUGCUCCAGGAACACACUGUUGACAAAUUCCAUCACUCCCAAGUACAAGACAUAUACCUAUCUCCUGAAUCUAAUGUUGGAGGCAAACCAGCCAGUAUUGCUCGCAGGGGAGCCUGGUUCUGGAAAAACCACCCUGUGCAAAGCUUUGCUGAGUUUUGACAAGCCACAUAUUAGCCUACCAGCGAGUCCACUCCUGUGCUCCAGAGAGUUGCGCCUUAUACUAAAUAACAUCAGCUGCCAGAAGAACUGUAAAGACUCAAAGACAAAACAGCCGCGACUGCUUCUUUUUGUGGAUGAUUUGCAUGAAGCCCCCUGUGAUGUCUAUGGGAAGACGUCAGCAGCUCUAGAGACACUGCGCCAGAGUAUUUCAAAGGGAGAGAUUCUAACAUUUGAUAACUACAACUUCAAGUUAUUGAGUUCUGGAACCAUCAGCUACAUGGCCACCUGUUGUGUCUUUGGAUUGGGCAAUUAUCACAGUAAUGUGAUAUCCUGCAGGCUCUCACGCCUGUUCUCCAUCUUUGUGCUCCCUAGCCUAUCAAUGGACAUUAUAUUGUCAAUCCAUUCUCCUCAGUUAAAAAUCUGGCUCAAAGAUAUGCCACUAAAGCAGAGUGGUGAAGACAUGGCAUCUUGUAUCAUCACUGCAACUAGAAGUCUGUAUCACGCAGUAUGUGACCAAUUCCAGCCUACUGUGCACCGGCCCCAUUUUAUAUUUUCCCACCAUGACCUUCAGAAAGUGUUUUGCGGGAUGUGUUUGUGGCAGCCUAACAUCCCAAACACAGGGGAAAUGCAGAAAAAGGAGAAUUCACUACCAGGAUUUGGUCCAGUCCUGCCAGGGCCUGAAACAUUAGUUCUUAACAUAGUACAUCUCUGGAUGCAUGAAUGCAUGCGUACUUUCAGUGAUAGGUUUUGCUCAGAGAAUGAAAGCAAAACUCUUAUGUCACUCAUAGCCAAGAUAGCAACAACACACUAUGGAAUUCGUUUGGUUGAUAAAACUGAGCCUGUUGGUGAAGAUGACCCACCCAUUGUCCCAAGCCUUGCUAUUCCCACACUAAUAGGUCAGAGUCUAGAUACACUAAAUCUGCCUCAAGAGCCAAACACAACUGACCAGUCAGACCUGAAGAAAGGCCAUACUUUGACUGAGAUUUCCCUUCUGUCUGAAGACAAUCGCUCAGAAGAGGCAAGCCUAAAAACUCAACCUCUGCAACCCCAGAUUCUUCAGCACAUGGAGGGUGUGAUGGCUAAGUUUGUUUAUGGUCCUGAACUGUCUGAGGCCCUGAAGUCAAUGAAUCAGCAAAACAAUUUUAGAUGUAGCAGUUCUUAUCAGGACCGAGACAUUGAUGUACUACUGCAGGAGCUGUGUGCACUCACUGACAAAAAAGAUGAAGAGAAAGUUGAUCAUUACUACGACAUUACAACCAGAUACUUUGUACACAGACAGGGGGUAAAUCAGCUCUUACAUAUUCUCAGGGCGUUGCUCAUACCUGGGGGUCACGGAGUGCUGAUUGCGUCAGACAGAGGCACAGGCCGUAAAACCACUGUGCGUUUAGCUGCUUUUGUGACAGGCUACCAGUUGAUGGAGGUACAUCCUGGUAAUGAGAACAAGUUGCAUGAAAUCCUAAAAGAGGCCAGGAAUCAAACUAGAGUGGAUGGAGUUAAUGUCAUCAUACUGGCCCAUGAAGGAAUUAGCCAGUCUGUCAGAGAAGAACUAUUGGUGACGAUGGCUCACAGAACCUACCCAGGGCUCUACACAGAGGAGGAGUUGAGAAACCUUGUUUCCAGAGUGACUGCUGUGAAGAAUUCAAGAAAAUACCUUUUGGACAGUUGGAUGUUUGAGAAGUACUUGAGCCAAAUCCACAAAAAUGUACAUGUGUUCCUGUUGCUUCCCUUCACCAUGCCAGACAGCAGUAAGAUACCUGCCAACAAUACAACCCAUGGAUGGAAUACCAGCAAGGUGGAGAAAUCUGCCCAGCCACAGCCUCCUAAGCAUGUGCUUUUACAGCUGUACCCCGACUGUCGCAUCACAGCACAACUAACCAAGGCCAUGCGCUUCAGUUGCUGCGUGGAGGUUUACCAGCCUUGGUACAACCAGUCUUUAGUGGGAGUUGCUGCUCAAUGCCUCAAAGCCAGUCCCUACAAAAUGGAGAAAGAAGGUUCAGAGGCCAGCCUGCCUGUGGCUAUGGCAGGAAUCCAUCAAUCUGCAUGUCAGUAUGCUUCUGUCCUUCUAAGAGCUCAGCCUUUCAGCCCUCAGACUUACGUGGAGUUCAUUGCCCUCUUUGAUUACCUCUACAACCAUCUGCACAAGCAAAGGCAGAGCCAAGCUAACAGAGUUGCCACUCUUCUGUCUAAUUUGGAUGUCAUGAACAACACAGCUGAGAAGUAUAAACAGCACUUAAUAAGACUGCAAAAGAAGGUUGCUGAGACACAGCAGUAUGAGAAAAAGCUCCUCAGCACUGUAGAUUACCAGAGAAGCGUGCUCGAGGAAGCCCAGGACGCGUGUGUAGUAGAGGAGAACAAGCUGUAUCAUCUGGAAGAGCAGAUAAAUAACGCUCAGAAAGAGGCGAAACCUGUGUACCUGUCAGCCCUGAAGAUUAUUAAUUGUCUGAAUCCAUCUGACCUAGAGGAGGUGCGCCAUUACAGAGAUCCACCUGAUGGAGUGGUGAAAAUCAUGGAUGCCAUUUGUUUGCUGUUUAAUUGUCCCACAGGUUGGGAGAGUGCUAAACAACUUCUUGGACAACCCAACUUUUUCCAGGAGUUGGAAUUUUUUGAUCGCUACGCUCUGACAAAUGAACAACUACAGAAGCUCGGUCAGAUAGUUCACAGUCCCCAUUUUGUGCCAGAGUCUGUGCGAGAGGUGAGCAAGGCCUGUGAGUCCCUGUGUCGAUGGGUCCAGGCUGUGUAUGAGUGCUGCUGUGUGCAACAUCAACUGUGGGUCAAACAGCAAUUGGAGGAGCUGGCCAAAGAGGCAAGAGGUCAGCUACACCUGGUCAAGCAACACAAGGAGGAUGCAUACCAUCAUCUAGAGGAUGUCAAGCUUCAGCUGCAGUUGGUACAAAAAGAACUGGAGGAGCAACUGCUGGGGCUGCACAUAGCUGAAAGCUCAGAAAAAGAUACUACUACAGCUACAGGACAGUUGGAGACACAUGUCAGAGACUGGAGGGCUGCUGCUCAGGUGGCAGAAUUAAAUAACCAGACUUUACCUGGAGAUGCCCUUAUCCUGGCUGCAAUCAUCUCUUAUUUAGGCCCCUUUGGACCUGAUACGCGCACAGAGCUGCUGAGCAAGUGGAGGGAGCUAUGUCAAACAGGAAGCAUCAACAUAAACCCCAAAGACCCCAGAACUUCCCUCUUUACACACACUGCACCUUCAUACCCCCUUCCUGGUUUUCCAAUCCUUGUGUCUGAGAGGCUGCAGUUGCCUCUGGGUCAGGUGUUAGGUACUUUCCGGCAUGCUCCAUUUGCAAGAAUGGUUGUAAAGCUGCUGCUGUGGGGCUGCAGGAAUGCCUGGGUUCACCACUGGCCUCUACUGGCCAACAUCCAGCAACAUCUAGAUAUAAGCUCUCAAAACUGGCUCAUCACAGGAGAGAAGGCUAAGCUUGAGGAGGAGACGGAGUGUGGAAUGGUGGUAUGUGCUGAUGAUCCAGAGCUGCUGGACAAGCUGGACCAGGCUGCGGAGAAAGGUUUGAGAGUCCUGGUAACUCACAUGGAACGUGCCGUUCCCAGUCCACAGUUUCUGGCCAGAUUGGCGCGCCCUGCUGGAUGUUGCCUUCCAGGGUUAAAACAUGUUCAGCCAACCCACCCUGAAUUCUGCCUCUUCCUUAGUACCCAUCUGCCUGUCCAACUGCUUAACAGUGAGAUCCAUCCAUCCAUUUUGGCUGAGGUACAAGUGGUUGACCUCUCUCUGAGCUCAGAAGAGAUUCAGCAGCUGAUGCUGACACAGCUGCUGCAGUCUGAAUGUAAAAAUCUGCUGAUUCAACACUUGCGGCUGCAGAAUGACAAGCAGUUGCUGCAGGAGAAACUGGUCACAGAAGAGGAGGCUGUGAUGGAUUACAUCCUGCAGUCUAACACCCCACUGCUGCAGGACACUGAUUUUCUACCCCAUGUGGCUGUUUGUCAAGAAACAAUGAAUAAAGUGCAGGUUGAGAUCCAGCUGCUGAGUGAAGAACUGGAGUACCACGAGUCCCUGCUGGCUGCACCCCGACAAUUAAUGAGGCUGGCUGCUUCCCUCUACCAGGCUCUGCAGGACGUGUCCCGUCUUUCCCCUGCCUACUACUUUUCUCUACAUGGCUUCAUCCAAAUUAUGCAAGAGGCCUUCAUUGUGAAGGGCAGACCAUUACUGUCAUAUACCAUUGGGAAAGUGCCACAGGGCAUAAUACAAGAGGUGAGAAACCGGAUGGUGGCCCAGCUGCUGGUCCAGUACAGGCCUUGUCUCAUUAGAAGCCAUGUCUCUGUUCUGAAGCUGCUGGUGUCUGUGGCUCUGCUCCAACACAACCAGCUCUGCUCUGAGGCUGAGAGGGUGGCUUUUCUCAGAGGCCUUCAAGACAUAGAUCAUCCUGCCGCCAAAGUUACUCUAUCACAGUCCACUAGAGAUCUGCCCAGCUGGAUACCCCCUCAUAUCCACCCAGAGCUCCUCUGCCUGGAGAAGAUCCCGGUCUUCAAUGGACUGAUUGCCUCUCUCUCCACUUGCUCCAUGCAGUGGCAGGAGUACCUGCACCUCCCUUCCACCACUGUAGCAGGGGCGGUUCCUUGUUGCUCUCACUCCCAUCUAUCCCUGCUACAGCGGGCUCUCCUCUGGAAGACCAUCCUCCCGGACUGCUUAGAGGGAAUGGCUGAAGCUAUGGCUGCCUACCACCUCUAUCUUCCUGGACAGACAGCAGGGACUGAGGGCCCUCAUGCUGGGAACCCAGAAGCCCUCUCACAAUAUCUUGUCAAACACAAAGGACCCAUCAUCCUUUCAUUGCCCGGUCCAAGAGGAGAUAAUUGGACAAGCAUUCAGCCUCUUCAGUUAAUAAGAAAAUUGGCUCACUGUGAAGCAGAAACAAAAGAGGUUCAGGUGAAAGUCAUUUCUUUUGGGGCUCAGUGUGACAGAGAGGCAAUUCUCUCAGUGCUGGAUGAAGCCGUUAAUGAUGGCCGCUGGUUGGUUUUUAACAACUGCCACUUGUUGGAACAAUGGGAUGAUAAAGUAGUGGCUCACCUCAGUCGAUUGAUGUCCUCUAUAAGAGAGGAGCCAUGCCUGCUUCACCCAUGCUCCCGAUUGUGGUUUAUAACUCAAGAAUAUGCAUCAUGCUCCAUACCAGCGGCAGUGCGAAUGUGUGCCUUGCCUCUGGUCUGUGACUCUCCCUGGGAUCUGAAGGAGGAGCUGAGCUGUUCCCUGCGACAGGUGGCGUCCUUCAUACAGUGUCAAUCACUGCCGGGUGUCACAGCAGACAACAUGGAGCUCCUCCGCCGCUGUGCAAUCUUCCACUCUGUGUUACUGCAGAGACAGACCUAUAAGUACUUAGGCCAAGGGAUAAUCUACAAUUGGAGUCAGGAAGACCUCCUGGCUUUGAUGGAUGCACAGAUUUGUAUCGCUAGUCUCUGCCAUAACAACACAAAGGCUUUGCAGUAUAUAGCAGUCAAUCUAGUGCAUGGCGCUCAUGUACUAGACUCUGCAGAUUUGGAGGUGGUGGAGAGCGUUGCUAAGACCUACCUCAGCCGAUUGUCACCUGUCUGGGGCAGUGGACCCCAAAUCCUCUCAAAUAUUAUCAACAAUCCUGGGCACUUUGAUUUGUCAGGACUACUGCAGAUUUUGGAGCAGGGUCUUCAGGAUUCAGCAAACAUCAAUGACCCCCGUGUGCUGGGCUUCAGUGGAGAUGUGGAAGCAGAGAUAAUCAAAAUCAAUAGCCACAAUUUGAACGUAUUACUGCAGGCCUCCCAGACUCCUCUAGGAACAGCGAGGAGUUUGUGCACCCAGCUAAAGCAGCCCUCCACACUGCCAGCCUACAGCCAUGCAAAAGACAGACUGCAGACGCUGAAGAAUUACCUUACACAAAAGAAUGACAGCGCAGAUACCAAUGCAGGGGCUGUUUCUCACAGUCCCCUACGUGACUUCCUCCAGGCUGAGUGGGAUGAUGUCAUUGAUUUAGUGUCCUCGCUCCUCUCACAGCUCCAACAUCCCCGUCAAUACAGCAAGUCGACCUUUGCUUCCCUCCUCAAGCUCAAUGACUUGCCUCACUUGGAGAGGAGGGCAGAGUUGCUCAGUGCUUAUCUCUGGCACCACAACACUUCAGAUCCACCUGGUGCCUACCGACUAUCUGCUUUCAAAAAUGCUAGAGGCUUCCUGGCAGCAGUGAUGAGAGAGGCUGCUCAAGUCAAUCGCAAAAAUAUCAGUGAUAUAGCCCUGCAUUUUCAGGUUCUGAGUGAUAGCACAUACCUAACCACACUUCUCAUUGACGCUGUGUAUUUGUGUGGCCUGGAGCUGAGAGGGGCAUCAUGGGAUAUGCAGCUAGGAGCCCUAGAGGACACAGUCUUUCCGCAGCCAUGUUCCAUGCCCCUUGUUUGUGUCAAGGCUGUAGACAGGAGCACAAAUACUACCCAAGAUACCUUCCCUUGUAAAAGCUCACAUUUAAAGGACACCAGCAAUAUCCAGGUCACCCAUGCCCCACAGUUACCACUCUAUCACUGCCCACUCUAUCCCGAUGGAGAGCGGGAGUGUGGAAACUGGGGACUGGCAGAUGUUAACAUUAUCACUACAUUUCCCCUACAUGCCAAGCUAAAUCCUUUGUUGUGUAGUUUGAGAAGGGUGAGGCUAGUGAGUAUGCUCUGACUAAACCAACCGGGUUUCACCUGCUGGGAUGCAAAAGACUACUGUUCAAAUGCAAUGCAGUUAGACACUUUUACUUAAUUAAUAAUUCUGGAUUGAUAAAAGAGUCUUGUAAAUGUAUUUCUCAUAAGACUACUGUUUACGUGAUGACUUUCUAUUGCUCUGUAAUGUCUCUUUAUACUUAAUGUUUUGUGAUGUUUUGAAUUUUUGAUUUUCAUUAAAAUCUUUAUAUGUCAUAA